AUGUUCUCCAAAGCGUCUACCUCUGCUGCCCGUUCUCUCUUUCAGAGAUCAAGCAGCUUCUUCACCAAACAUAACAAUAACGGAAAGAACUUUGAGAAAGUGACAAGAAGGUUUAAAUCAAACGCAGAUAAAGAGAAAUAUUUUAAUGAGUACGGAAGCAGACCUGAAUAUUUGCAAAACAAGAGAAAGACAUCAGUGCUUCCACUCUUCCUCGCUGCUGGAUUAGUUCCUUUAGUCUUAACACCAAUGUUUGUGGAUUAUUGGAUUAGAAGUGAUCGUGAACAUGGAGAUCCUAACUUGGAAGAAUAUCUUGAACAUCGCAGAGUUAAGGAAGAAAUCAAGAAGGACAAGGAAAGAAACUCCGGGGAUGUUACUGUUGCUUCGGCAAAGAAGACUGAAGCUGCUAAAUACAAGUAUAUUUUAAUUGGUGGUGGUACUGCUUCUUAUGCUGCAUUGAAGGCCAUCAAGAAGAAUGAUCCUUCAGCUCAAGUUCUUAUCGUUACAGGUGAGGAAUAUGCUCCCUACGAGCGUCCACCUCUCUCCAAGGAGCUCUGGAGUUCGAAUAAGGCUGACGAGCUCAAGUUUGUGAACUGGCUUGGCCAAGAGACUUCUGUUGAGUAUGAGCCAAUAUCUGCCUAUGAUUCUGAUCCAUCAACCACACUCUUGACCAAGACCAAAGUCGUUCAAUUGGAUACUCAUAACCAAGUUGUUACCACCUCCGACGGCAAGCAAUACAGCUAUGAAAAGUGUCUCAUUGCAACAGGAGGAACACCAAGAGAAUUACCAGGUAGUGAUCUAUUCCCAAAUAGUGUAACCACUUUCAGAUCCAUUAACGAUUACAAGAAAUUGGCUGCUGUAGCCAAGAAAGACAAUGCACACAUUGUGAUUGUUGGUGGAAGCUUCUUGGGUACUGAGUUGAGUUAUGCUGUGGCCAACAAGCUUCGUGAAAAGAAAGGUUCCAAAGUUACCCAAGUGUACCUUGAACCUGAUGUCUUGGCUCGUUGGAUUCCAAGAUACCUUAGCGAGCGUGUAAGACAAACCUUAGUUGCUGCUGGUGUUGAUUUGAAGCCAAAUAGAAACGUAGUGAAUGUUGAACCAAGCGUGAAUAAGGAUAAAGUGGUGGUUUCUCUCGAUAGUGGUGAAAAGAUUGAGGCCGACUAUGUAGUCACCACUACAGGUAUCUACCCCAACACUUAUAUUGCUGAAGAGGCAGGCUUAGAAAUCGACCCUCAAAACAGUGGUAUUGUUACCAACUCUCAAUUAGAGGCUGUUCAAAAUGUUUUUGUUGCUGGUGAUGUCUUGAGCUACUAUGAUGUUGUUUUGGGAAGAAGAAGAUCUGAACACCACGAACAUGCUGAAGCCACUGGUAGACAUGCUGGUAUCAAUAUGAGCUCUAAUGCCAAGAAGCCAUUCCAUCACAUCAGUAUGUUCUGGAGCGAUAUUGGUGACGUUCAUUUCCAAGCUGUUGGUGAGAUUAACUCUAGUCUCGACACCUAUGCUGUUUGGGAUGACGUAAUUGUUAAACAAAAUGGAAGCUCCUGGACGACAUCCGCUGCACCAGUUGUUGCAUCCAACUACGGAAAUGGUAUCGUUUAUUAUUUGAGAGACAAGAAGGUUGUUGGUAUUUUGAUGUGGAACGUUCCAGACAAGUUAAGUCAUGCUCGCAAAGUUAUUUUGGAAAAGAAGCAAUAUCAAUCUUUGGAUGAGUUGAAGAAUAAGAUUCAACUCAAGAAAUAA